GAGGAAGACAGGAGCAGGACUUUGCUGUAAGAUUUGUUCUGUCAUGAAACAAGCAGUUUAGUAAAACACCCAACGACCCUGUUUAGCCAGCUAUGUAAACUUUAUGAAGAUAACAACAACUCUAGGUUCCAGUCGUUGUAGAUUCCAAAGACAAAACAACUUUGUUCUGAUGCUAUCUUGUUAGAAACAUCUUCAGCUGUCUAAAUUAUGCUAUGGUUUCAGUUCUUUUUUUUUUCUUCUGUUCUUUGAUACAAUUGGAUUUUCAUUUCCUUUCUGGGGAAAUGCUAAGGAAAUAUAAAAAUCAUCAUUAGGCACCACUUGUUUUCCACUUGACCUGACACGUCCUGAAAAUUGGGCUGUUUACUGAGGUAAGAUGUGAGGCAGAGAGGGAAAAGAAGCCUCUGUGCCAAAAGUAGAGUUUUUAUCACUGGGAGGAGGGGUUAUUCUCUUUGCAUAUUUAUUUUAUACACUACGUUUUAAUCAGAAUGUUCCUUCUACCUUGGCAUUUAUAUCCUCUUAUUUGUUUUCUCUGCUGUGUGUUGAGUGAAUGAAUAUUUUAAUUUACAUUUAAUUAUUUUUAGUCUGCAUGAUGAUCAUUUUUCUUUUGUCUCGAUGCCUUGUCCCACAGCAGCAAGGACCUGAUGGAGCUCUGAAAAUGAACAAUCUGUGAACAUAAGUCAUCUAUCGGAGUGAAGGUUUGACCUGCGUGGUUAGAUUUCUAGGAGUCAGUGAUGACACGGGAGAACAGAGGGAGGGGGAGAGGAGGUGGAGGAGGAAAAGAGAGGAAGCAAACAGUACCCGUUCUCCACACUAGACGUGAGGAGGAUUCACAUGUGAGAGGUGAGUUUGUUCUAAUGCUUGUACGUUUUCUUUCUUUUUUUUUAACUCGCUUGUUCGAAUGUUUCUCAUUUACACCAUGAUUUAAUUUGCGUCUUGGUCUCAGGUGUAUUGGAGAAACUGUCUACAAAUAGAUCAUACGUCAUGCUGUUAGUGUGCAGACUAUCAAUUAAAUGAGGAAUACAUAUGCAGAGAGACACGAGCUGCAGUGAGGUUAGUGGUUUAAUUUAAUGUGAACUGCAACCUGGUAAAUAUAUGGAAGGUGGACGUGACGCAGGGAGAAAGUUUUUGUUGUUUACUGUAAGUCAGAGAUGGUAUUUAUUUUGUAUGGGAGAUAGCAUUUCUAUUUGUUUUUACGUUAUUUCCUUCUUUCCUCACCUUUUUAUUAAACAUAAGUAAAGAAAAGAAACGAUGGGAAAAAGAGUUUGGGAAAUGUCUUUUUUUUAUAUUCUUUCAGUGUAAGGGAAGAAAGGGAAGGGCUCUGGGAGAAAAGUGGUCUCUACAAGUUCCCUGGCUUUAUGGAAAAAUAAAAAGACAGAGAGAGAGGGAGGGUAGCUCACAUCUCCACUCCCCCUCCCAGCAAAUGGGAGAGCAAGUCUAAAUCAUGUUGCUUAUCAGUCCUGUUGUGCUGUGAUGUUGCUCAGGCACAGCCCAGCACACAACAGACAGCCUUCUGGACCAGUACUCACAACCAGCACCAGUGCAGCCUUCUCAGAGCUGGAGGCUCUCACCCCGCCACGUCUCUCAGCUCCACUGCGUGCCUCCUUUACUGCCAUGUACCCUGAGGAGAGCCGGGGGUCUGGAGGGGUCGCCACUGUGGACUUUUUGGAAGGGACAUACGACUACGCUGCCCCCACCCCUGCUCAGACUCCUCUCUACAACCACUCCAGCCCUGGCUUCUUCUCUGCUCCUCUGGACGAUGGCACUCAUCAGUCCCUGGGCAGUGGGUCCACCAGUCCUCAUGUGUACGUGCCUUCCAGCCCACGUGUCAGCCCCUUCAUGCACCCGCCGAGCCACCACUAUCUGGAAGCCACUUCAACUCCGAUGUACAGGUCCAGUCAGCAUCAUCUAUCCACUGUGGAACACUGUGGACCCAGUGAGGAGGGGUACAGUGUAGGGGAGUCAGGUGCUGGAGCCCAGGUGGAAGGGUUUGAGAUGACCAAAGACACACGGUUCUGUGCUGUGUGCAGUGACUAUGCCUCUGGUUAUCACUACGGGGUGUGGUCCUGUGAGGGAUGCAAGGCCUUCUUCAAAAGGAGCAUCCAGGGUCACAAUGACUAUAUGUGCCCGGCGACCAAUCAGUGUACCAUUGACAGGAACAGAAGGAAGAGCUGCCAGGCGUGUCGACUUAGGAAGUGUUAUGAAGUGGGAAUGAUGAAAGGAGGUGUGCGUAAGGACCGUAGCCGUGUUUUGCGGCGUGACAAACGGCGUGUUGGAUCUGCAACCAGUGGGAGAGAAGAGGUUAAAAAGGAACUGGACCAAAAAACGAUGGCUCUCGCUGGGGGGAGAAAGCGCAACAGCACCAGCAUCAGUACUGGAGAAGGAAGAGGAGGAGGAGGUGGAGGAAAAUCAGCUGUCACUGCCAUGUCACCUGAGCAGGUUCUACUCUUGCUCCAGGGUGCUGAGCCGCCAAUACUCUGCUCACGUCAGAAGCUAAGUCGACCUUACACUGAGGUCACCAUAAUGACCCUGCUGACCAGCAUGGCUGACAGGGAGCUGGUCCAUAUGAUCGCCUGGGCCAAGAAACUUCCAGGUUUCCUGCGGCUGUCCCUGCACGACCAGGUUCAGCUGCUGGAGAGCUCCUGGUUAGAGGUGCUGAUGAUUGGGCUCAUCUGGAGGUCCAUCCACUGUCCGGGAAAACUCAUCUUUGCACAGGAUCUCAUACUGGACAGGAAUGAAGGCAACUGCGUGGAGGGCAUGGCAGAGAUUUUCGACAUGCUGUUAGCCACCACUUCCCGCUUCCGCAUGCUGAAACUCAAACCUGAGGAGUUUGUUUGCCUCAAAGCUAUCAUCUUACUCAACUCUGGUUCCUUCUCCUUCUGCACUGGCACCAUGGAGCCACUGCACGAUGGCUCUGCUGUACAGGACAUGCUGGAAAUGAUGACAGACGCUCUCAUAUAUCAUAUCAGCCAAUCAGGAUGCUCCGUUCAGCAGCAGUGGAGACGACAGGCACAGCUGCUGCUGCUUCUCUCACACAUCAGACACAUGAGCAACAAAGGCAUGGAGCACCUCUACAGCAUGAAGUGCAAGAACAAAGUUCCUCUGUACGACCUGCUGCUGGAGAUGCUGGAUGCUCACUGCCUCCACCGGCCAUCAAGACCCCCUCAGUCUUGGCAAACAUCUGAGAGAGAAGCCUCUACCACCCUCCACAGCGGCAGUGGCUGUGGUGGAGGUGGAGCUGGAGGUUUGUCUACGACAGGACUCCAGCAGAGUCCCAGCAGAGCCCCCACAGGCCAGGGUGUCCUGCAGUACAGCAGAUCCCGCUCCGACUCCACCAACGUCCUAUGAGGCUGAACGACAACAAGGACAUCUGAAGGUCAAGUUGUUUGUGUGAAUGAUCUGUCCUUCAGAGUGAAAGUGGUUGGAGAACGAAAGACAAAACAUGUGUACAGUGGCUAUUAAAAGGUUUACACAAAUCCACUAUUAAUGCCAGGGUUUUUCUAGAGGUUAUGUGAAACUACUCUCAAUAUUAUCAUCAUUUAUAUAAUUGCUAAAACCAUAAAUAAUUUAAAAAAACAAAACAAACAAACAGCAAAUCUCCUUGAAUAAAUACAAUAAAUCGAAAAAUUGAACACAAGGGUUUGUGUGGUUUUUAACUGCCACUGUAUUAGAAAGUGUUUAAAGGUAAUUAUUUAUAAAUGAGGGUGAUCAAUAUUUUUCCUUAAUGUAUGAUGUUAUUAAUUUGCACUAUUAUUCCUUUCCAUACAAACUCAGCUUCAGUGGAGUUUCAGCUUGUUGUCUUUUCUGUGGUUCUGACUCAACGUUACAGUCAGUCAGUGUAAACGUAAGUCACAAUACUGGGAUUUUUUUUCUUUAAUAACAGAGCAGCUAAUUCACCCCCCCUUUUAAGCCUUAACCAAAGUGCACUUCAUAUGGAGUUUAACAGGCGAUUGUGAAUUAUCAUUUAGACGUUACACUGCGCAGCAGACUCUUAAGGAAACAGAGUCUAAAAAACAGCUUAAAACAAAAUAGGGAAUUUAUUUCAGCUGUUGUAAACUUUGCGGACAAUUUAAAAUUGAUUAGAAAUUGAUUAUUUUACUUAUUUGAAAUAAUAAUAAUAAAAAAUUACUCCAAUCUAUCAACACUUUAUCCAAUUCAGCUCUGAUUUUACAUUAAAGGGAGUUGACUAUACUGUGGGAAAAAUCGUUUUUGUUGUUUAAACUAUGUUUUUCCUGCUAACUUGUCUGUUAAAAAAAAAAAAAAGUUGAUGAAUUAUGACUCAGACUUUUGACCAAAUGCAGCUCUUCAGACCAGCGCAGCCCUGUCUCUGGGUGGUACUGUGUGUUCUAGUGUUGUCCUCAGUUGUCUUCUCUUCUCUAUGCCACUUACAAAUGUUCAAGUCUUAAUGUGUGAUCAGGAAACUGGUGUUCACAGAUGUUCAGUGAGUGUCCUUUAUUUACUGUGCAAAAAUAAAUAAAUAAAAGCUUUAAUUGGGAAAUGA